AUGUCAACUCCAUCAAUAACACAUGAAUCCUUCGAUUCGUUGGAAGCGUUAUCCACGCUGGUUAUCUCGGAGAGCACGGCCUUGCUUGAACCAGAGGAUCCAGCGAACAAGACAAUUUUAUCAAAACUCAAGAUUUGGUUACGUGAAAUGUUUAAAUUUUUGGUAUCAUUAAUCAAUUUCAAGAAAUCGAAGUUCACUCCCAUCAAGAAGAAGGAGGUUGAGGAGGAUAAAUUAAAGAUAUUCAUUGGCACAUGGAAUAUGCAUGGGAAACUUCCGCCACGCGGUCUCGCACCCUUCAUUGAGAAACCGGCGAUAAAUCCUGGAGAAAUCAAGUACUCUCCCCUGCUGAACCGAAAACCUCGACAUCCUUAUCACAUAUUGGUCAUAGGAACUCAGGAGUGCCAACAUAACAUAAAGCAUUCCAUACUUUUUCCAUCAAAGGAGGAAUGGGAGUCCAUGCUGGUGGAUCACCUGGGAGACGAAUACGUCCUCGUGAAAACGGAAACCAUGGCGGCCUUGCACUUGGCGGUAUUUGUGUGGAAACAAUGUCAUGACUUUGUUAGAGAUUAUCAGCAUGAUGGAGUUGCCACAGGAUUCGCUAACCUUUUCGGCAACAAAGGCGGAAUCGGCAUCUCUCUAUUAUUCGGCAGUACGUCAUUUUGUUUCAUCAACAGUCAUUUGACCGCGCAUCAAGACAAAGUUCAGGAACGCAACAACGAUGUAAAAAAAAUAUGCAAAGAAUCGAGGCUAAAGGGUUUUAAGGCUGAGGAUAAAGGUCACACGUAA